AUGAGUGGAGAUAAGAUAUUCGAAAACGUUGUAGAAAGUUUCUCCGAAGAGAUCACAGAAGCAUUCGCUGAUUGUAAAAUAACACAAGAAGAGCAGGAGAAUGACAAAAAACUAAAAGAGCGUAAAGAAGCAGAAGAAAUAGAAGGCUCUAAAGACAUUUCAAAACCAGACAACAUUAAAGUGUACCACAAAAAAGUACUACAUAAAGAUAAAAUUGAUUUCUUUGUGGAAGCUCCAAUACAUUUUAAGGUGCCGGUGUCUAUUCCUGUCAAAGAGAUCAAAGCUAAACAAACAAAAAAUAUUGAAGAUUUACAAGAAAUUCCUGAAACAAGUAACAACAACAAAUUGUGCGACGAUGCGUUGUUAGAAGAAGGUGAAAUAGAUGUUUUAGUGGAAUGUGUUGUUAACUUAAAAAUGCCACUGACAGUUGAUGUAUCGGUCCCUGUAAAAGUUUUUCAGAGCAAAGAUAGUGAUAUCACACCGGAGAACACUACGGAUAUGUUUCGUGAAAGUGAAAAUAUAAAAGUGACCGAUGUAAAGGUAAUUAAUUUUCACAAGUAG